AUGCAUCUCGUUCCAAAGGAGCUCGACAAGCUCGUCAUAUCACAGGUUGGCUUCCAAGCUCAGAAGAGGCUGGCCAGGGGUGUCAAGCUCAAUCACUCUGAAGCUACUGCACUCAUUGCCAACAAUUUACAAGAGCUCAUACGUGAUGGCGCUCAUACGGUCGCGGAUCUCAUGAACCUGGGCUCAACCAUGCUGGGCCGGCGCCAUGUCCAGUCCUCGGUACCGUCGACUUUGCAUGAGAUCCAGGUUGAGGGCACGUUUCCAACAGGCACAUAUCUCGUCACGGUUCACAACCCCAUUGCCACGGAGGACGGCGAUCUGGCACGGGCCUUGUACGGCUCCUUCCUACCCAUCCCGGACCAGGAUAUCUUCCCACCCACCGAGGCCGCGGCGUACGAGGGCUCGAAGCAGCCCGGCGCUGUCGUUGCCGUCAAGGGCAAGGUUGUCCUCAAUGAAGGCCGCAGACGGGUACGGCUGCGGGUGACAAGCAAAGGUGACCGGCCGAUCCAGGUGGGCAGCCACUAUCACUUCAUUGAGACCAACCCGCUACUGGAGUUCGAUCGCAAGCAGGCGUAUGGCUUCCGCCUGGACAUUCCAGCCGGCACUUCGGUCCGAUUUGAGCCUGGCGACACCAAGACGGUGACGCUGGUCGAGAUUGCCGGAAACAAGGUCAUACGAGGCGGAAACCAUCUUGCCACUGGCCAGGUCGACCUCUCAAGGGCUGAUGAAAUUAUUACCAACUUGCAAAACGCCGGCUUCUCGCAUCGCCCAGAGCCCGUGGGAGAUAUGGCGUCCAUCAGCGCCUUUGCCAUCGACCGCAGCGCUUAUGUGACCAUGUUUGGCCCUACCACCGGUGACCGGGUUAGACUGGGCAGCACAGAUCUCUGGAUCAAGGUUGAGCGUGAUCUCACGUCCUAUGGUGACGAAUGUAAGUUUGGUGGCGGCAAGACGCUUCGCGAAGGUAUGGGUCAAGCCACGGGUAGAUCGGACAAGAUCACGCUGGAUAUGGUUGUGACAAACGCUCUAAUCGUCGACUAUACUGGCAUAUACAAGGCCGACAUUGGCGUGAAAGACGGCUUCAUCGUGGGCAUUGGAAAAGCUGGCAAUCCAGACGUCAUGGACGGUGUCACAGAGGGCAUGAUUGUAGGAAGUUGUACCGACGUGAUUGCUGGCGAGGGCAAGAUCAUUACGGCUGGAGGAUUGGACACGCACAUUCACUUCAUCUGUCCUCAGCAGGCCUACGAGUCAGUCGCGAGUGGUAUAACUACUAUGCUUGGCGGUGGUGUAGGGCCUAGCGCCGGUACAAGUGCAACGACUUGCACUCCAGGAGCAAACUAUACUCGGGAUAUGCUGAAAGCUUGUGACGAGCUCCCGCUCAACAUAGGUAUUACCGGCAAGGGCAACGAUAGUGCACCUGAAGCGCUCCGCGAGCAGGUCGUUGCAGGUGCUUGUGGUCUGAAGCUUCACGAAGACUGGGGAAGUACUCCCGCAGCUAUUGAUUCGUGCCUGUCGGUCUGCGACGAGCUUGACGUGCAGUGUCUCAUUCAUACCGAUACUCUCAACGAGUCUGGAUACGUUGAAUCUACCAUUGGUGCUUUCAAGAACCGUGUCAUCCACACCUACCACACCGAAGGCGCCGGUGGCGGUCAUGCUCCAGAUAUUAUCAGCGUGGUUGAACAUCCAAAUGUGCUGCCUUCCUCGACCAACCCUACGAGACCCUAUACACGCAACACACUCGACGAACACUUGGAUAUGUUGAUGGUAUGCCACCACCUGUCCAAGAACAUUCCCGAAGAUGUCGCUUUCGCCGAGUCCCGUAUUCGUGCAGAGACCAUUGCCGCAGAGGAUGUGCUCCACGAUCUCGGCGCCAUCAGCAUGAUGUCCUCGGACUCGCAGGCUAUGGGCCGUUGCGGCGAGGUGAUUCUGCGGACGUGGAACACGGCACACAAGAACAAGCUGCAGCGCGGCACGCUCAAGGAGGACGAAGGCACUGAUGCCGACAACUUUAGAGUCAAGCGUUACAUCAGCAAGUAUACCAUUAACCCUGCUAUCGCGCAGGGCAUGGGACACUUGAUUGGAAGUGUCGAGGUAGGCAGACUGGCCGAUCUCGUGGUCUGGGACCCCGCCUGGUUUGGCGCAAAGCCCAGCUUGGUCGUCAAGAGCGGUUUGAUCGCUUAUGCUCAGAUGGGCGACCCCAACGCUUCCAUCCCCACGGUCCAGCCCAUCAUUGCCCGGCCCAUGUUCGCCCCCUUGGUGCCGCGGACGAGCGUCCUCUUUGUAUCACAGGUGUCCAUCUCGACGGGCACCGUGGCGGGCUACGGGCUGCGCAAGCGCGUCGAGGCCGUGCGCAACUGCCGCAACAUUAGCAAGCGCGACAUGAAGUUCAACGACGUGAUGCCCCGGAUGCGCGUCGACCCGGAAAAGUACACGGUCGAGGCCGACGGCAUGGUGUGCGAGGCCGAGCCCGCCGAGACGCUCCCGCUGAGCCAGCAGUGGUUUGUGUAUUGA